UACAAACUCUAAAUUUUAUUCUGUGAAGCGCAUCUUUAAAGGAAGAUAGCCAAACUAAAACAUUAAAUGAUGAAACUGAGGGAUAAUCAAAGGUAUUCUAGCAGCAACAGCUGAGUUCACUGAGCUUUAUUUCUUCUAUGAAAUCCAAUUCUGCGGUGUUCCCUUGCAAGGCUUGUUGCAGACUUACUUUUUAAUAUUUAUACACCACUGAACAACAACUUGAAGUGCUUUUUCUCUGAGCUUCUGCAGCCACAGUGCUUUAAACAGUCUGAUUGGUUGUGUGCAGCAGAAUGAAACAAUGAUUUUAGCCCAGUAGAUUGGAGAGAAGAUGGAGAUCUGGAGACUUCGUGAGAAAGAAGCCAAGAAAUGCUCAAAAGUUUGAACUGAGCCCAGACACUGAAUAGGGCAUUUGUCCACAGUGUUUGUUGCUCGGGUGGAAAUGGCAUGUGGAAUGUAUGAAUGGGGGCAGGGAGGGGAAUAGAUGCACCAUCCUUCUCCAGUAAAAAAACAAUUCAGUGCGUUCUUAAAUGGUCAGCCUGUCAGGAGUGCAUCAGGAGCUUUUCAAGGCAGCAAGGAAAACAUCUGCUCAGACCUUAAAGCAAAUGCAGUGGGGAGAGAUGUUUCUGUGGCACAGUGACAGGGAUGUCCCUUCAGCAAACAUUUGUCUCUGUUCAGGAGAUACUGAUGUGGCUUCCUGUAAUAAGAGACGUAAUUGUUUGAUCUCCUGUGCAGAAAUUCUGAUUGGCACAGGGUAAAAAUGCAGCCAGUGGCUUUGAGGUUUGGACUGUUUUCUGUUUUGGGCCCUGUGUUGGACUGUAUCUGCUUUUCUUUACUACACUGUUUACUAUACUUUUUUUACUUCCUCUGUGGUGCUGGGUACAUCACCUUCAGUAAUGCCUGGCUCAUUUUGGUUUUAGUUUCUGUUUAUGCUGGCAGUGAGUGGAAUAACAGUCAUCUUGAGUUUUCAGAAAUGCUUUGUCUGUAUUUUGAGUUCGAGGUGAUGUUUGAGGGCACUGUCUUUUCAGAGUGAAGCCUGUGGGCAGUAUUGUGUUAAACCCUUGACUGUGCUGAGUGCUGUUGUAGUGGCAGACCUUGAGCAUACAGAGAGUUGGCUGGUGCUGGAAGAGUGCAAAGGCCUGUUUGAGGCCUCCUGUCUGUUUAUGGAUUUUGGUUGGCUCAGGUCACUCUGCUCUUAAACUCAGAGCAGGGCACUUAAAAAUUGAGCGUUGUGAUAAUGUGUUGUGGACUUGACUGGCAUAGAGUCCAUGGACCAAUGUCGCCACACACUGGAGCAGCACAACUGGAACAUAGAGGCAGCUGUGCAGGACCGCCUGAACGAGCAAGAGGGUGUCCCAAGUGUCUUUAAUCCUCCUCCACUGCGGCCGUUGCAGGUCAAUACAGCUGACCACAGGAUCUACAGCUACGUUGUCUCAAGGCCACAGCCAAGGGGCCUGUUAGGAUGGGGUUACUACUUCAUAAUGCUUCCAUUCCGAUUUACUUAUUACACAUUACUUGAUAUAUUUAGGUUUGCUCUGCGUUUUAUACGCCCUGAUCCUCGUAGUCGAGUCACCGACCCAGUGGGAGACAUUAUUUCAUUUAUUCAUAUGUUUGAGGAAAAAUAUGGGAGGAUACACCCUGUUUUCUACCAGGGAACUUACAGCCAGGCACUGAAUGAUGCCAAGCGGGAGCUGCGCUUCCUGUUGGUUUAUCUUCAUGGAGAUGACCACCAAGACACAGAUGAGUUCUGCCGCAAUACACUGUGUGCACCUGAGGUCAUCACCCUCAUCAACACUAGAAUGCUCUUCUGGGCUUGCUCAACCAAUAAACCAGAGGGAUACAGAGUGUCCCAGGCUCUGCGGGAGAACACGUACCCGUUCCUGGCUGUGAUCAUGCUCAAGGACCGCAGGAUGACGGUGGUUGGGCGGCUGGAAGGCCUCAUCCAGGCUGAUGACCUCAUCAAUCAGCUCAUGUUCAUCAUGGAUGCCAACCAGACAUACCUGGUGUCCGAGCGCCUGGAAAGGGAAGAGAGGAACCAAACCCAAGUCCUGAGGCAGCAGCAGGACGAGGCUUAUCUGGCAUCCUUGCGUGCAGACCAGGAAAAGGAGCGCAAGAAGAAGGAGGAAAGGGAGAGGAAGAAGAAGAAGGAGGAGGAAGUGCAGCAGCAAAAACUGGCAGAGGAGAGGCGGCGGCAGACACUGCAGGAGGAGAAGGAGCGGAAGUCGGAGUGUCUCCCUCCAGAGCCGCAUCCCGACGACCCCGAGAGCGUCAAGAUCAUUUUCAAGCUGCCUAACGAUUCCAGAGUGGAGCGGCGAUUCCACUUCACACAGUCAUUGACGGUGAUCCACGACUUCCUGUUCUCCUUGAAAGAAAGCCCUGAGAAGUUCCAGAUUGAGGCCAACUUCCCUCGCCGUGUCCUGCCCUGCCUCCCUACAGAGGAGUGGCCCAACCCCCCCACGCUGCAGGAGGCCGGACUCAGCCACACGGAAGUCCUCUUUGUGCAGGACCUCACGGACGAUUGACACUUCUUUUUGGUUUUGUUUUUGUUUGUUUUGUUGUUUCGUUUUUGGUUUUUUUGUUUUGUUUUUUUUUUUCCAGAAGACACAAAACGGAAAGAGAAAUUCAUAUUAUUAUUAUAAUACAAUAUUUUUUUUAAAAGACUGCGUACAAACGAGGGAUCAGAGACCACAUGGCCUGUGCCAGCUGUGCUGCGUGUGUGCGCUGGUGAGAGGAUGCGUGCACACGGCCAUCCCCUGCACCGGGGGGGCACACAGGAGGGAGCUGGUGUUGCCCCUCUGCCCUCCCUGGGGAGGAACAGGAAUGGCAGCUCUUGGUAAUUAUUGCUUUUAUUGAUGACAAUAAUAAUAAAACCCCAGCAACCCAACAUCUCAUGAAGAUUUGAUACUCUGCUGCUCCCAAGAGACACAAGACCGAGCACCGGAAUGUGCUGGGAGUGGGGUGGGGGGAAAGGGCUGGACAGACUUUCUUCAGCUUCCCUCUGUGUAUAAAUACUGUUCUUUUAAUAUUUCUCUUGCUUUGUAAUGACCAAAGGAGAUUGGGGUUGACUAUAGUAUUAACUUUUUGAUAAAGAGCUGGUUCAAUUCUUACCCAUGUGGGGUCUUGCCCAGGGUUCUUAGCCUGCGUAGUGUAAUAAACUCUGCCUCUAGCA